AUGGCUUCCCUUGAGAGUUCUGUUAACAAAGACACACAAAACAAAUCUUCUACUUUUUUAAAUUCCAUUGGCACUUUUCAAUUCCUCUUUACUUUAGUUGUGACAACACGUGUCUUUGAUUUUACUUUACCUGUUACUCAAUUACUGCAAUCAAAAACUAUUGAUAUCUUAGACAGUUUGUACCUUAUUACAGCUCUUAAAAGUACAUUUAUUUCCAUCAGAAACGAUAUAGAUAGUUUUCAUAAUAACUGCUAUGAAGCAGCAUGUUUGCUUUCAAGUAAAGGUGAAAUUUUUGUUUUAAAACCAAGAAUCUGUUCUAUUCAAAAAAAUCGUUCUAAUGUUCCAUCAGAGUCUGUUUCAGAAUACUUCAAAAGAGCUGUUACUAUCCCUCUUAUAGAUCAUGUAUCUACAUCUAUAUCUACAAGAUUUAAAUCAGAAACUGUAGCUGCAUAUAAAGGGUUAUCAAUUAUUCUAUUUAACAUUAUUUCUUUUCUUAAAAGACCCAAAACCCAAUUGUGUUGGAGGAAGCAGUUUGAAACAUUCUGUGAUUUUUAUAUAGAUGAUUUCCCUAAUAUCAGUGCCUUGAAUGGGGAACUAGUUCUUUGGGAAAAAUACUGGGAAAGUUUCUCUAGGACUAUUCCAGACAAUAUAUCUUUAACUCUUAAAUCGAUAUCAUUUUCUGGAUUUGAAAAUAUUAAGAUAGCUUUAAGGAUACUUGGGACACUUCCUGUUACUUCAUGUGAGUGUGAGAGGAGUUUUUCUGUUAUGCGUCGUUUAAAAGACUAUAUGAGAACAACAAUGUCAGAAUAUCGACUUAACGGUUUGGCAUUAAUGUAUAUCCAUCAAGAAAUUGUUCCUUGUAUUGAUAAUGUUAUCAAUAGAUUUUCUAUAAAAAAAUAG